GUCCAAGUAAAAAUAUCCUAAUAAAACAUGAAUAAAUUUAGAGGAAAAGAAUUAGGAGUAUUACGCCCUUCUGAUUCGUGUCGGUUCGGCAAAUACAUCAAACGCUUCAAUAGGCCGGAGGCGAAACGUAGAAUUAUAGAAGUAUUUGGAUUUACAUCUCCGGUUUGGAAUUUGAAUGGGUGGUUUCAGACAGUUAUUAAUUGGAAGAGUUCGGAAUCACAAAGUUUCUACUUCCUACUGGUAAAACCUUGUAAUUACGCCGGUUUUCCGAUCGAAAUGCCGCCGCUGCCAUCAUUGCCGGAUGAACUCAAAAUUGAAAUCCUCACCAGAUUACCCGUAAAGUCUCUGAUGCGUUUCACUGCAGUGAGUAAGUCAUGGCGCUCUCUCUUCACGGAUUCCGGAUUCGUCUCAGCACACCUGUCUAAAGGAGCUACCGAACAAUUUUUCUGUAACUAAGAACGACCUGAAUACUCGUCGUUUUGCUCUUAUCAAAGAUGGAGAAAAUCUCGACGGCAAUCUCACGAUACAACUUGGACCAAUCGUCAAACCUGACAGGGAAUUCCCUCUUAGUUUUUUUUCUUUUUUCAAUCCCAAGGAUUCUGCAGAGAUCGAAAUCGUGGGCAGUUUCGACGGAUUGCUUUGCUUAUGCUUUCUCCGUCCAGAUUCUCACCCCUUAAUUAUGUUAUGGAACCCUUCAAUUCGAAGACACUUGGUGUUACCACCUCCCUCCAUUCUCCCUCCUCCAAGGAAAGGUAGUCACGCAAUCGGAUUUUGUGUAGCCAAGAACGGUGAUUAUAGGGUCGUGUGGGUCCAUGAAAAGCCUAUGUCUGUUGAAAUCUACUCUUUGAAUUCAGGUAAGUGGCGGAUUCUACAAUUCGAUCAUGAUUUGUUUCCUACAAGGUGGUUGUAUAGUGGUCAAGUUAUUGUGAAGGGUAUGAUGCAUUGGGUUGGAUGUGAGGAUCUUGAGGAUGACUACAUGUACAUUAGUCGUACAAUCACUUCAUUUGACAUAAAUGAAGAGAUAUUAAGAAACAUACCAAUCCCGGAAAAGUUAAAAUAUUUUGGAGAGGAUGUAAGUACAAGUAUUGCUCUAGUUAGGGAGUCACUUGGUAUGAUGGAGAUGUAUAAUCAUUUUGAAUGUGACAUUUGGGUGAUGCAUGAAUAUGGAAAUAUUGACUCCUGGACUUGGCUAUAUAAAAUUGAUUUCAUGUCAACAUAUGAUGAUUGGCCGCUACCUAUAGUAUACGCAUUGAACACUUGGAAGAAUGAAGGGGUUUUUUCCGGGUCACGGCAACUCCUAUAUUUUGUGGAUGAUAAUCCGUACAUUGUGCCGGAUGGGGAAUAUGGUGACCAUCAUCUUGACUAUGUAACUAAGUAUUUUGAGAGCCUUGUUUUGCUCGGAAACAAAGAUGCCAUUGCAGAUGUGCAUUUGCUUCACGUUGUUGCAGAUUCAGGGCGCAUGGAAGAGGAGAAUGCAGGUGGUGGACAAGCGAUAUAGCACUUCAACGGCAGAGAUUUAUAAUACUCCAAAUGGUAUCAGAUAUAAGCUACAUCAAAGAUGGGAAAUUGUGAACUGUAAAUUUUACAUUAGCAUAAAUAAGUUCAUGAUGCCUCUACGCAGUAGAGUAUAGCUUUCGGUAUGAUAGUAGCAUAGUUAUUCUCAGGUAGUCCAUUCUGUGGUGGCAGUGCUUCAUGCGUGAUUGCGUUUUUAACAAUAUCAUUUAGUUUCUUGUUAUAUGAUAUUGUUAUGCUUAAAUAUCUUUAAGUGUGCAUAGGUUUUCAACAAAUGCCUAAGUGUUCCAUUUUGUUUUGGAGCAUAUUUUAGGCAUGUGGUAUAAGAGUUGUUUCCUUCUUUGGAUUUGAUGGCCGAAACUAUAUAAGAGGAAGAUGCAAAAGUUCAUUCAAGCUGUAGGAACCUUUUUUGCAUCAGGGUAGGAAGUUCCACCAAACUACUAGAAGUAGCAUUGCUUGUUAGCUCUCUCAUGGUUUUUGCAUUGGGAUUUAGUAACGGUUAGCUGUCACAUAACAUCACGCUAUUGAAGAGAGGCUCUAGGGACUUGGUACUUCUAGCGCCAUUUAAUGAGAGUUGAAAGAGCGCUAUUUUCAAACUGUACCAUCCACUUAUAACUUUGUUGAUGUAACCAUCUCUUCUGCAAAAUAACUUGGCCUUGAUUCAAUCUUCUUAUCACGGUUGGUGUAAAGUAUGAAAUAAUGUGUCCUUGUCCUUGGCUUCUCAUUGUCGCCAGUUUCUUCUUAUCGCUGCUGAAAUAGGGUAAAAUACACAGUACAGCCGGCUGUACCGUGCGCACGGUACAGCCGGUCUUUUUUAGGACUUCUGCGCUUCUUCGAUCUUGUUCCCUGCUUCUCGCCUGGCUUCUCCGAUCUCUGUCCCUGCUUCGUCCUGCUUCUGCGGUGCUUGCGAAGAACUUCAAGCUCCAAGCAGGCAACUCCUCUGACAGCUCUCUUCUCCUCAAGCUCUCCUCUAGCCACUCUCUUCUCCUCUAGCAGAGCUACGCAAGAGACGGCGGCUCUAGGUGAUUUCUUUGUUGGUCGGGAAGAAGUAUGCAGGGAAGACAAAUUGGAAGAUGAUUUCGAAGAUUUGAGUUCAUAUUUCUUGAUGACGAAUCUGAAAUGAGUUUAUAUUUAACUCAAAUGAGUAUAAGCUUAAAAAGAAUGAACAUACACAAAUAAAUAUCGAGCAUAUUAAAAAUGAGUUUUAUGUAAAACUCAAAUGAGUAUACAACCGAA